UUUAGAGAGAGAGAGAGAGAGAGAGAUAUCAGGAUUCGGGAUGUUAAAACAUUGGGCUGCAGCCUGCCGUGUCCCUCCCAUCUGUGCUUAAUUUCACUUCCUUCCAAAUUUUUGUUCUUUCUCCACAAUGUUUGCAGAUCAUUAGGCCAUCUUUCAGGGCUUCAACCAGAACUUAGUGGAGUUUACACGGCAUGAAUCUCUCGGCCUGCAUAAGUUGCUUCUCUUCAUCAUCAGGAACGGACGUGAGCAGGCACGCAGAACAAGAUCAAGGUAAUUUCCGGGUGUUCUCUUACAACGAACUAAAAUCUGCCACUACCGACUUCCAUCACUCGAAGAAGAUUGGAGAAGGCGGCUUUGGGUCUGUUUACAAGGGCCGGCUGCGAGAUGGCUCAUUCGUGGCUGUAAAAGUGCUCUCAAUCGAACUCGACUCGAUGCGAGGUGAGAGAGAGUUUAUAGCUGAAAUAGCAUCACUUUCUGACAUCAAACAUGAAAAUCUCGUUACCCUUCGAGGAUGUUGUGUUGAUGGAGCUAAAAGAUAUGUUGUCUACGACUACAUGGAAAACAACAGCCUUGCCCACAUCUUACACGGUGUAGAUCAGAAGAAGAGGUUGAGCUUUAGUUGGGAAGCAAGGAGGGAUAUUUCGUUAGGAGUGGCUCGAGCACUAUCCUUUCUACUUGAGGAGGUUGAACCCCACAUUAUCCACAGAGAUAUUAAGGCCAGCAAUAUACUUCUUGACAAGAACUUCACACCAAAAGUCUCGGAUUUUGGUUUAUCAAAGCUACUCAGAGAUAACCAUACCCAUGUUAGUACUCGUGUUGCAGGGACAUUAGGGUAUCUUGCUCCAGAAUAUGCCAUCAGCGGACAUUUGACACGAAAAUCAGAUGUUUACAGCUUCGGAGUGCUGCUCUUAGAGAUUGUCAGCGGGCGGCCUGCCGUGGAUUUUCGCGUUGACUAUAAGGACCAGCUGCUAGUUCAGAAGGCAUGGGAAGCCUACGAGGCUAAAGAACUUGUAAACUUGGUGGAUCCGAAACUUGAAACGAACUUUCCAGUGGAAGAAGCCGUCAGAUUCUUAAAGGUGGGACUCCUUUGUGCGCAAGAAAACUUAAGGCUCCGGCCACUGAUGUCGGCGGUAGUCAAGAUGUUGACAAGUGAGACGGAUCUCCAAGAUGUUCAGAUUUCAGAACCUGGGAAAGUUUCAGAUUUCAUGAAUAUCAGAACGCAGCAAACGCCAUUGUCGGAGGGGUCAAGUACCUCUUCUGGGAUGUCCAAUAUGUGGAGUUCGGUAAAUCUUGGCAGAUGAAAGCAAAUGUUCUUAUGGAUGGCAUUUCGAUCGAUAGGGAACAAAGAAAAAUAUUAAUGGGUAUGUUUUUUAGGGCGAUCAGAUCAUUUGGUCAAACUCCAAUUAAGAUUAAGCCCACAAUAAGCAUCAUCCGGCCAC